UAUUAGUCAAAUUGAAAGACCAAUUUUUAUGAGGAUGUUUGUGUGCUUAGCUGCACUUAGGGAUGGAUUCAUUUCUGGUUGCAGACCAGUAAUUGGGGUGGAUGGGUGCCAUCUAAAAGGGGCAUACCCUGGGCAGAUCUUGGUUGCAGUUGGAAAAGAUGGCAAUAAUGCCAUCUUCCCAAUUGCUUGGGCAACUGCAGAGAUUGAGAACAAGGACAGCUGGUGCUGGUUUCUGGAGAGCUUGCUCAAGGCACUUUGUGUGUAUGACCAAGGAGAUGGCUUGACUUUUAUGUCUGACAGACAGAAAGGUCUCAUAGAAGCAUUUGCAGAUGUGGCCCCCAAAGCUGAGCUCAGAUUUUGUGUGAGGCAUAUUUGGUCAAAUUUCAAACUGAAAUUUCAUGGUGCAACUUUCAAGGAAUUGUUCUGGGCUGCUGCUAGGGCAAGCACUCUGUUUGAGUUUGAAGUUGCUAUGGAAAGUAUCAAUUUUUUGGAUGAAGAAGCAUACCAGUGGCUGUCAAACAUUGACCCCCAGCACUGGUCAAGGCAUGCUUUCUCUACAAACUGCAAGUCUAACAUGUUGUUAAACAACAUGUGUGAGACAUUUAAUGCAGUGAUUAGAGAUGCCAGAGACAAGCCUAUUCUAACUCAAAUGGAAUGGCUUAGAAGAUAUAUGAUGAAGAGGAGUAAUGACAAAUGGGAGGCAGCAAAGUCUUGGGAAGGUUUACUAACCCCAUUUGUCAACAAAGUCUUUGAUGGGUUGGAGAAGUAUGCCAGGACAUGUGAGGUUACAGCUUCAAGGGAUGAAAUUUAUGAGGUGAAAUACAAGGAUGAUCAGUGCAUUGUGGAUCUACAAGAGAGAAAAUGCACUUGUUAUAGAUGGGAGUUGACAGGAAUACCUUGUGUCCAUGCAUUUGCUUGCAUAAUGGACAAAAGGGAUGAUCCUGAGUUGUAUGUGCACCCACAUUACUAUAGGGUGACAUACUUGGCUGCAUAUGAGAACCCAAUACAGCCAAUGCCUGGCCCUAAGAAUUGGGAAAAGGUCAAGCUCAGACAGCCUUUGCCACCUAUGCUGAAAGUGCAGCCAGGAAGACCUAAGGCAAAAAAGAGAAAGCUUGAACCAGGGGAGGGCACUUCUGCAGCACCUGAGGGCAAGAAGCCAAAGGUGAAGAAACAAUGCAAGAACUGUGGUGGGUUUGGCCACUUUGCCAAAACAUGCAAGGCUGAAGCAGCACUAGAACAGCCUAACCCACCUGCAACAAAUCCAAAGGGUGGGAGGCCACAGAUGCAGACUCCUUGGCUUAAGGAACAGAGAAAGAAAAGUGAAGAGAAAGCAGCAAGACAGGUAUUUUGUGUAUUUUGUGACUUGAGUGUAUUUAGUGGCUUUGUUUCUGAGUCUUGUCAUACUGUGAUUGCAGGCUGGGUCAAGUAAUGCUGCACCUGCAACUGCUGUGUCAAGCCAGCCUGCAACAAGAACAGAGCCUUUGCCAACUCAGCCUGUUACCAGGAGCAACAGGAGCCUGAGUCAGCCCACAAGAGUGCCAACAACUACUCCUCCCAAAGUCAAAAUA